ACGGAGGCUAUUGACGCUUUUACCGUGUUCUGGGGGAGGGUAAACAACUGGUUAGUGCCCCCUCCCCGGCUUGUUUGUAAGAUGUUAGACAAAAUGAAGGCAGACCAGGCCUAUGGGACAUUAGUGGUUCCAGCUUGGCGUUCAGCAGCUUUCUGGCCUGUUUUAUGUCAGGGGGACAAAUUUGCCAGUUUUGUUAAAGAUUACACCUCGUUAUCGAAAAACAGGGUAACGAUCGGUGGCAGGGGGAACAACGGGAUUUUUGAGAAAGGUGUAUUAUCUUUCAACAUGUUUGCACUACGAUUAGAUUUCCGUCAUUGAACAUGUUAUAUUUAUGUAUUGAUUGUUAUUCUUAACAGGCAUAGGUCUGCGAGGAUCUGUUGACAAGGCCGUCAGAGCUGCGGGGGUACCGGCGGAAUCAGCGCUACACAAUGUAUCGCGUAAUAUGGCGGACAGGCUCCUGAAUAGCAAAAGCGACAAUACCAACAAGAAAUACUUUGACACGUUUCGCAGGUGGGAACAUUUUUGCUCUACGCAUAGUUGCUGUGCGUUACCUGCUAAUCCAGUGCAUUUGGCUCUGUAUUUGAAUUAUCUGUUGGACAAGCGUUCCUCAUUUUCCGUGAUCUCUGCGACUGUGUACGCCAUUAAAUGGGUACAUGAUAUCAACGGACAUUCUGAUCCCACGACUAACAGUUUCGUUCGUAAUUUGAUGGAGUCUUCCAAAAGGACAUCACGCAAGCCAGUCUGCAAAAAGGACCCAAUUACUACGGACACUCUGAUUCAUUUAUGUAACAUGUUUUCUGAUAGUAGGGAUUUGCUCGUUAUUCGGGACUUGUCAAUGAUUUUAUUGUGUUUUUCUGGUUUUUUACGUUUUAAUGAACUUAGCAAUCUGCUGUGUUCGGAUCUAAAAAUAUUCGAUAGCCAUUUCAUUUUAGUGAUCAGGAAAAGCAAAACCGACCAAUACCGUCACGGUAGCGAAGUAGUUAUCAGUAAGGGUCAGACAUCGGCAUGUCCCCACGCCAUGAUUCUCAAAUAUAUAGAAAUCGCGGGGAUUGAUCUUCAGUCAGAUAUAUUUUUAUUCAAGCCUAUUUUCCGCUCCUGUUCAACGUGUAAGCUUAUUCAAAAGAACAAGCGUUUGAGUUACACGGGGGCCCGACAGGCCAUUUCGAAGCGUUUGUCUUUAGUUUGUGACGUAAGAAAUGUUGGAUUGCACAGUUUGCGCGCUGGGGGCGCCACUGUCGCCGCGAAUAACGGCGUGAAUGACAGGUGCUUUAAGAGGCACGGUCGAUGGAAGAGUGAAACUGCUAAGGAUGGUUAUGUCGCAGACUCGUUACAGGCAAGGUUAAAGGUGACCCAAAAGCUCGGUUUGUAAAUAUGUUUCAUAUUCAGUUAAUAGGGUACGCGUUUUCAGCUUUUUAGUUAAUUGAUUAAUUCUCGGUCUUCCUUUCCCUUUCUUUGUUAUUUCUAUUAAACGGGCACGCUAGUAC